UUAUCUGUGCGAGAUAAAUAAUUUUCCAAUUACAUAUCCACACGUAUUUGGACUCCUGAUAAGGCAGUCCUACCGAUAUGUUUACUAGUUUAUCACUAGGUGUCAAGCGAAGUGAAAAUGGCUGACCAAGAACACUUAGAUUUCCCUACAGAAGAUGGACCAUCUUUAGGCACGGUGAUCAGCGAAAAGCUGACCGAAUCUAUAGCAAAUAUGGAUCUUUUGAAUACGCUACAAAAAUGGUAGCCGUAGAACCGGGUGAUGAAGAAUCGGAGGUAAUAAGGGAUAAAUUAAGAGGAGUUUUGGCUCAGUUCAAGGAUAUGACUGACGAAGAUAAGGCAGAGUUUGCUAAGAAGAUAAAAGAGGGUCUUGCUAGUAAAUUGAGUAUGAGGUUGAAGAAUAAUGAGAUGUUGGCUGGAGUUGAGGAUGCGAUCAAAGAAGCUGUGAUGACUAAGCUUUAUAUGGUGGCCGCGGCUGCGUUCGUCAUUCUAGUUUUAAUUGUAUUCUUCGGCUACAAACUUUACAAAUCGAUAAAGGAAAAGGAAAAGAAACGCGAGGAAAAGAAAAAGCUAAGCAAAUGAAGAAAAAGAAAUGAUUUGACCCUAAGGAAAACUGGAGCGAGGCAA